GAGAUAAUCCAAUAAAAAAUGUUGUUAACAUUAGGUUUCCUAGAUUAGGACAUUAUGAAACAGGUAAUAGACAUACUAAAAAAGAUAGAACCUGUAAGGCCGUGUUGAUGGGGAGCUGCGAACCUCAAGAAAGGAGGUUCUACACUGCAGGGCCAAGGACCCAAAUUACUACAAUAGUAGUAAACUUGUUAAUACGUGGUAUAGAGGGGCUAGGGAAUACCACUGGUGAU